AUGAGGCCUUUCCCUGCAUUGGCUACGGCCUUGCAAGUCUUGUGUUUUCCAAGGCUGUCGCAUCACACUCGCCGGGCUGAAGAUGGCGGUUUUCCUCCAUUAUUGGACGCUACUCUCGCUGACCUACGGCUCGGGUUGGACAGCGACCUGUUCUCCAGCGUUGACCUGGUCAACGCCUACAUUGACAGGAUCUUAGAGGUCAACGCAGUGCUCAAGGCUGUCACGGAGAUCAACCCCGACGCGCUUCUGAUCGCUUCGCAGCGAGAUGCAGAAAGGAGGGCGGGCAUAGACCCGGCCAAGCAGCCCCUCCAUGGCAUCCCCAUCCUCCUCAAGAACAACAUUGCCACCAACGACGAGAUGAACAACACAGCGGGCUCGUACGCGCUGUUGGGAGCCAAGGUCCCGCAAGACAGCACCAUUGCCGCCAAGCUGCGCAAGGCCGGAGCCAUCAUUCUCGGCAAGGCCAACAUGUCACAAUGGGCCGCUUCUCGAGAGCUAAUCAAUCACGAGGGCUGGUCGGCUCACGGCGGCCAAGCAGUCGGUGCGUACUUUCCACAGCAGAACCCUAGAGGGUCGUCUUCAGGAAGUGCCGUCUCUGCCUCUAUCGGUCUCGCAUGGGCUGCAGUCGGGACAGACACCGGGGGCUCGAUCCUCUUGCCUGGGCAUGCGAACAACGUCGUCGGAUUCCGCCCCACGGUGGGCUUGACGUCGAGAUACCUGGUGAUUCCGUAUUCAGAACGGCAAGACACUGUCGGGACUCUGACUCGGACGGUCAAAGACGCCGCAUAUCUCAUGCAGGCCAUGGCCGGGCCUGACAAGCGGGACAACUACACAAAUGCGAUACCCUUUGACGAGCCGCCGGAUUAUGUUGCCGCAUGCACGGGUUCCGGCCUCAAGGGCAAGCGGCUCGGCGUGUCUCGCAACGCAAUGGAGGCAGACCUUGAUCCGACGGCCAAAACCGAUCCGGAGGCAUUCGAGAAAGCGCUGGACGUGCUUCGAGCAGCCGGUGCCGAGAUUAUCGACAAUGUCGACCUGCCUUGCGCUCUGGCAUUACCUGACGACCCCCAAAGCUCAGAGCCCUCGUUCUCGCUUGUUGCCGCCAUCUUCUCCAUUGUGGGAGCAGAUUUCUUGUCUGACUUGCCGACAAAGUACCUCAACCUUCUCAAAGAGAACCCGAACAACAUCAGCUCAGUCCAACAACUGCGUGAGUUCACGAGGGAUAAUCCUCGCGAGGGUUUCCCACGGUUCGACACCGGGUCAUGGGACAACUUCCUCAGCUUUGGCAUCAACAACACGGCGCCGAGUUAUUGGUCCAACGUCACGGCGAUUACCGAGUUUCUCGGGCCCUUGUGCUUCACGGGAGCGCUGGAGAAGCACAAGCUGGACGCAAUGGUUCUGCCGACGCCACACUCGGUCAUGAUGGCUUCUGGCCUGGGACUGCCCGUUGUCAGCGUGCCCCUGGGACGCAGCCCGGACGAUACUCCCGUCAUCAAGUCGGACCAGGGGAAUUUGAUACUGUCGGCCCCCAACGGCCCAUUCGGCAUUGCGUUUUCGGGCCCUGCAUUUAGCGAGGAGAAGCUGUUCGCCAUGGCGCAUGACUUUGAGCAGAGGAUGAAUGUGCGUCCGACCAUCAAGCCUUUCAUAUCACCAAGAACGGAGCUGGCUCAAGUGGUGCGCAAGCGGUGCGUGGGAGACUCGAGAGAUCCUUGUGGGAAGGCGUUCAAGUAAGUCAAGUGCCUCUAGGGUGGCCAUGUUUGUGGAGAACGCGGCAUGACUCGAUAUUACUCUCUUUGUUCUCAAUUUCCAGCUGAACUCUACCUGAGUGCU